GUUUUGAAGGACAUAUUCGAGGAUUCAUAAUGGAAAGCGGUACAUCUCUCACGCCAAUAGGUUUGCAAAAUAAAGCAAGACAUUUUGCUUUCAAAUUAGGAAAAGCUCUGAAUCCAAAUUUUGAAUCCACCAGUUCUAAGAAUCUUCAGGCUCUACUAUAUAAAGCCUCAUCUUCCGAUAUAUUAUUCGCAGACGUACAAAAUGAUGUGUAUACGGCCAACAUUAUAAGUAGAAACGUUAUAUGGGUACCUGUUAUCGAAAAUGAGAUAAACUCCAAUUCUGUAGUAACAACUCAUAUGCAUGAAGCCUAUUUACGAGGAGAUUUCAUUAGAGUACCGUUAUUAACAGGUUUCUGUUCGGAAGAAUCCAAAUUUUUCGUGAGAUUGACACUCAGUGAAAUAGAAGCUGAGGGCAAUAUAUUUGAUCGGAACGUAAGUUUGAUGAUAAAUCCACAAUUGAACGUGAAAGCAAAAUUUUUAAAACAAGCUUCUGAGGAAUAUAAAAGGAUUUAUACAAAAGAAACGUUUCAGAGAAACCCUGGAGCAUUUAUGAAGUAUCUCAGCGAGGAAUCGUUUACUACUCCUGGAAUUCGUACCGCCGAACUGGUGUCAAAAUUUUCGAAUGUCUAUCUUUAUGAAUUUGCAUACGAAGGCGAAAUUGCCGGUCUAUCAUUUUUGACGAAUGUACCAGGGGCAAAUAAUGUUGCUCAUACCUCAGAACUGAAGUAUCUCUUUGGAGGAGUAGAAGGGGCUAUAAAAGAUGCCAAAGAUUAUCCAAAACCCGAUCAAAUGAUAAUGAAAAAAAUGUUGAAAUUAUGGAGCAAUUUUAUUAAAUAUCAGAACCCAACUCCGAAACAAGAUAAUCUUUUAGGAAACGUACUAUGGCCUCCAGUGAAGGCAGGACCAAUUCAGUAUUUGAUGAUUAACAACACUCUGGAAGUGCUUGCAAAUCCAAAAUAUUACAACCAAGUGAGGAAAGUUUUUAUUGACUACAUCAGACCUCCACUGAAUGUGUUUUGAGAAAGUGAUUUGAAUGUAAACCGCCGCAGUUUAAAUGUCCAUUUACUGAUGCAGCGGAACUAUUUCAAUAUUUUGUUGAUGAAUAUUGACAAUAAAUCUGUUCAAAUCUGUUUAAAA